GCAGAUCGACAUGGCAUUGGUGAUGAUGGAGAAGACGUCGGAUCGCGUCCAGGACGUCCUCUUCUCGUCCACGCUGGGGGAAGGAGAGUUCUCCAUCCUGGUGAAGAGACCGGGACAGACUCACAAGUCCGACGCUCUUCUCGCGCCGUUCGACACGACGGUGUGGAUCCUGAUCCUCGUGGCGAGCAUCGCGAUGGGCCCACUGAUCUGGGCCCUCAUGCUCCUGGCGUCCAAGAUGUGCAAGGAGGACCAGCGCUUCACGCGCCUCAUCCCCAUCACGUCCUGCGUCUGGUUCGUCUACGGGGCGCUGCUCAAACAGGGUUCCCCGCUCCAGCCGAAGACAGGU